AUGAAACUGUGGAAAAAAGCUGCCGGGCUUAUCAAAGACCGGAACAGCAUUUGGGCCGCCUCCAUUUCUCGCCGGACCUCCUACCGCAACCCCGACCUAGAAUCCAUCGUUAUCAAGGCCACCAGCCACGACGAGUUACACGUCGACUAUAAGAACUUCCACCGCGUCUACCAAUGGGUACGUACCUCUCCCAUGUACGUAAAGCCUUUGUUGUAUGCCAUCUCCUCCAGAAUGGAGAAGACAAGGUCUUGGGUGGUGGCGCUUAAAGGCUUGAUGCUCAUGCACGGCAUCUUCUGCUGUAAGAUCCCCGCCGUGCAGAGGAUCGGACGGCUGCCGUUUGAUCUCUCCAACUUCACCGACGGACAUUCCAGGCCGAGCAAGACGUGGGCCUACGACGCCUUCGUGAGGGCGUAUUUUAUUUACUUGGACCAGAGGUCCGCUUUUCUUCAGGAAACUGCGACGUCGGCCGUGGAGGAGCCACCGUUGACUGAGGAGCUUGUGAAGCUGAGGAAAUGGCAGGCAUUGAUGGACAUGUUGCUAGAGAUAAGGCCUAAUCUCGGCACGGCGAAAGUGUAUCUUGUUUUUGAAGCCAUGAUAUGUAUUUUGACGGAGAUAUUCGACAUGUACAGCAGAAUAUGCAAGGGAAUAGCUCGAGUUCUGCUGAGGAUUUACGCUGCGCCGGGGAAGGAGGAGGCGCAAAUGGCGCUUGCGGUGGUUCAGAAGGCGGCGAUGCAAGGACAGGAGCUGGAAAUGUACCUUGAAUUCUGCAGGGAUUUGGGUGCUCUUGGAUCUUCGGAGUGCCCUAAAGUAAAGCAGAUUCCUGAGGAAGAUAUUAAAGACCUAGAAAGAAUAAUACGGGAAGCUGGGGAUGAUGCGGUGAAGGAAAAGAGGGAGGAGAUUGUAGAGAAAGAAAGCGAUGGUGGUGAUUUGUUGAUUGUUGGUGAUGAUCAUCAUGAUAAGAGGACGACGAAGAAGAAAGUUUUCAAGACUAUAAUCACAGAUAAAUGGGAGGUGUUUCCUGAAGACGAUAUGAUCAGCUGGGUGAGCACUGGUUAUAACGAUGCCAGUGCUGCAGCUGCAGAUUACAAUAACCCUUUUGCAUCCUCUUCGAAUCUGAUGCCUCAUGUUGCUCCUGCUCAUACUAAGCCUGUUCUUCCGGAUUUGAUUAGUUUCUAA